AAUGAAAGGAAUAAAUAGCCAAGAAAAGACUGUAAAGUCGACUGAAGAGAACGAAUCAUCGAUUAACGAAGCUAUUCGUAAGUUUCCUAUUGAAAAAAAAAAACAAGCUCGUCCUAAACAAGGAAAAGGAGGGAAGAAAUCGGUUGAAGAAGAAAAAACUUCUACAAUAUUGGAACAGAUUCGCAAUAUGGACGAAACAAACGAAGAGGUUAAAGGAAAUAGUGAUAAAGAAGACUCUCCAAUUGUAACUACUUUUUUCGAAACGGCUUCUCCAGGGCCAACUAUUACAACGUCAGCUGUACGUUCGUCCUUGACCGGACCGAUUCGAAUGAAUCGUUCAACGUAUAUAUUACCUACUCAACCGCCGCCUAGUCAUUGCAGAUAUCCACCACCUCCUCCCCCCUCCCACGCCUAUUACCAACCGUAUCCGACUCAUUACUGCGGCCGGCUUCCUGGUCGUUGUGUGAGACCCACUAAUCCAUACCCCAGAUAUUGUGGCCCACCUCUAAUUGACUUUUCUUUUCCCCAUUGCCCAACAAGCUAUGAGCAAGAAUCAACUAACACUCCUGCAACUGAGGAGAGCAAAGGUAAUGAAAUUGUUGCAACCGACACGAAAAAAGAAGAUGGAGAGGAAUUGAAAUCGGGCGAAGAGGAAGGGAUGAGUCACAAGGACGAAAGCCUGCAAGAUAAAGUCGAUGAAAGCGACGACAGAUUCAGCUUUCGACGAAUGCUUUUUGAAGAGAACGCUGAGAACGGAGCACAAGGGCAACAAGCGCCACCUAGACGAUAUUCCAAAAUUCAAACGUCUAUUGAUGCCAUAUCCGCACCUAUUAUGCCGCCCCCGCCCCCACCACAUCCGUCUUUUGUAUACAGACCUAUGUUUGACUUUGAGCAUAAUCAGUUAGAAGAAGACGUUGUAACCAAAACCCAUAGAAAUAGAGAUGAACAAGAAGAAGAAAUAAGGGAGAGACAACGUACUAUAUCGCAAAUACUCAACUCAGAUUCAGACAGAGAUACUGCACGCUACGAGCUAGACACUUUAAUGGUUAUUUACAUCGAGUAUAUCCUUCUCGAUACAAAGAGCAUUUUAGGUAGACCAUCGCAAGAUAUCGUCAGGCAUUUUGCAGCUUCAAUAUAUGAUGAGAUAAAGUGCAUGCAAAAGCUUUUAACUGGCAAAUCUAUGCAUAUGACGCAUAGAAUACGUCAAUUUUUAUCUAUUCAUAGUAUUAGUUUUGACUCUCUUAUGAAAUUAACAAGGAAAAUACAAGCUGCUUCAGCUGGUAACUUUUCAAAUAAGCAGGUAUUUAGUUCAAUCGACGGGGGAGGAGGAUCUACUCAUAGUAAUGGACAAGCUAGAAGAUAUAUUCGACCAUCGCUUGUUGGCGAACCAAAAAGAUCUGGAAAACGUCAAAAGAAGAAUAAUUACAAGACUGUAAUUGGUGAAGAAAGUAUUGACUCUUCCACGGAUAGCGAAGUUGAGCUUAGAUGCGGUAUCCCUCCGUCUGAUUGCAACUCGCCAACUCCUAUAGACUUGGCUAGAAUCAAGGCAGAAAGUUGCCUAGAAGAAGUUCAAGCAGAUUCAACUAAUGCAAUAGUUAUGGUUGACGACCCAGUUAUGGGUGCCAAUGUUGCCGCCGACGUUGUUGUUGGAACCGAUACGUCAUCAUCUCAUCACAUAACCGAUAAUAUGCAAAUUCUUAGUGCAGAUAUCGCUGAACACAUCUUUUCCGCGGAUCAAAUAGAGAUGCUUGCUGAGCACGCUUCAUUGUUAUUACAAAACGAGGAUGCAUGCGAGGAAUUUAUGAUAGAGGACGAUAAGCGAACUACUCAUGACGAUCCCAUUACACCAAAUGAAGAAGUGAUAAAAGAUAAUAGAAAUAGACGAGGAAGGAAGAAAUUAAGCAAAAAAUUGACGAAAGAUAAGAGAAAAUUUAAGAAAUCAAGGGAAAUUGAAUAA